AGCAGAAGAGAGCCUCAGGACAACGCGAGAACAUUCCUCAAAACUCUAGGCAAAAUGCAUCCUAACUUGGUGAGCUGGCUGGGGACUCUGGGCUUCCUGCUGUGGGCGCUGCUGUGCCUGGGCGCCCUGACGGAGGGGUACCCGAUGAAACCGGAGAACCCCGGGGAGGACGCCCCGGCGGAUGAGCUGGCCAAGUACUACUCAGCCCUGAGACACUACAUCAACCUCAUCACAAGACAGAGGUAUGGAAAGAGGUCCAGUCCUGAGAUUCUGGACACACUGGUCUCAGAGCUGCUGUUGAAGGAAAGCACAGACACGCUCCCACAGUCGAGAUAUGACCCAUCAAUGUGGUGAUGCUUUCAUCAGUGUUGGCUCAACCUCGCUGCUGCCCUGCUGACAUUCUGACCUCUACCAUCAUACCCUCCUCCACAAAAUGACCACCCUGCCUCUGCUCCUUUUACCUUUAUGAGCCGCCACAUAUUCAACCCCUCGUCCUAACUCAUCAGCUACAAUCACAACUGCUUAUAGUCUGUGCCAUAAAAUUGUAAAUAGAUUAUCCAGAGAUAUCAUCUGUGAAACAUAAAAGUACAGUUUGGAGAGGGCAUGUUGAUUGUAUUGUAUAAUUGUGCUAUUAAAGAUUAAUUGUUUG